AUGGCUGCGGCCGCACGGGCUCCGGGCGGGGUCCCGCCGCCGGUCCGGCUGCUGCUGCUGCUGCUGCCCGCCCUGUGCGCCUCCGCCCCGGAGCCCCCGGCCGCGGCCCGGCGCAGCCUGCACCCGCCCUACUUCAACCUGGCGGGGGCGGCGCGGAUCUGGGCCACCGCCACCUGCGGGGAGCCGGAGCCCGGGGGCGCGCGGCCGCGGCCCGAGCUCUACUGCAAGCUGGUCGGGGGGCCCACCGCCCCGGGCAGGGGCCACCCCAUCCAGGGGCAGUUCUGCGACUACUGCAACUCCGCGGACCCCCGGAAAGCCCAUCCGGUCACCAACGCCAUCGACGGGUCGGAGCGCUGGUGGCAGAGCCCGCCCCUCUCCUCAGGCACGCGGUACAACCAGGUCAACGUCACCUUGGAUCUGGGGCAGCUCUUCCAUGUGGCCUAUGUUUUAAUCAAAUUUGCCAAUUCUCCUCGCCCUGACCUCUGGGUCUUGGAGAGGUCGGUGGACUUUGGGAGCACCUACGCGCCUUGGCAAUACUUUGCUCAUUCCACAGCAGACUGUUGGCGACAAUUCGGGCGGGCGGCCAACACGGCCGUCACCCGGGACGAUGACGUGCUCUGCAGCACGGACUACUCGCGGAUCGUGCCUCUGGAAAAUGGCGAGGUUGUGGUGUCCUUGGUAAACGGUCGUCCAGGUGCAAGAAACUUCACUUUCUCCAACACGCUGCGGGAGUUCACCCAGGCAACAAACAUCCGCUUGCGCUUUCUCCGAACCAACACGCUCCUGGGACACCUCAUCUCCAAAGCACAGCGGGACCCCACCGUCACCAGGCGGUAUUACUACAGCAUCAAGGACAUCAGCGUCGGCGGGCGCUGUGCGUGCAAUGGCCACGCCGACGUGUGCAGUGCAGACAACCCUGAAAAAGUGUUCCGGUGUGAAUGCCGCCACCACACUUGUGGGGAGACCUGUGACCGCUGCUGUGCCGGGUACCACCAGAGGCGCUGGCAGCUGGCCACGGGGGGGCACAGCCACGAGUGCGAAGCCUGCAACUGCCACGGCCACGCCGCCGACUGCUUCUACGACCCAGACGUGGAGCGGCAGCAGGCGAGCCUGGACACCCGCGGCGCCUACGCCGGUGGAGGGGUCUGCAUCGAUUGUCAGCACAACACGGCCGGCAUAAACUGUGAGCAGUGUGCGAAGGGCUAUUACCGCCCUCACGGCGUGCCGGUGGAGGCCCCCCACGGCUGCAUCCCUUGCAGCUGCAGCCCUGAGCACGCGGACGGCUGUGAGCCGGGCUCGGGCCGCUGUGCCUGCCACCCCAACUUCCACGGCGACCACUGUGAGGAGUGCGCCCCUGGCUACCAUAACUUCCCGCUCUGCUCCAGAAUUCCUGUUUUCCCUGUUUCUGCUCCAAGUCCAGAAGACCCAGUAGCUGGAGAUAUAAAAGGCAACGGCUGUGACUGUGACUUCGAAGGAGUGCUCCCCGAAAUCUGUGACGCGCACGGGAGGUGCCUGUGCCGCCCGGGGGUCGAGGGCCCCCGGUGUGCCGCCUGCCGCCUGGGUUUUUACUCGUUCCCCAUCUGCCAAGCCUGCCAGUGCUCAGCCCUCGGCUCCUACCCGGCGCCCUGCAGCCCAGCGACGGGCCAGUGCGCGUGCCGCCCGGGGAUCACAGGACGGCGCUGUGACCGGUGUCUCUCAGGCCACCCUGACUUCCCCCGCUGCUCAGGUCCCAGCAUUCCCUGCGACCUGGCCGGCACCCUGGAUGCCAGUUUGGGGUUCUGCCAGUGCAAGCAUCACGUGGAGGGUCCCACCUGCAGCGUCUGUAAACCACUGUACUGGAAUCUGGCCCGAGAGAACCCCAGCGGGUGUUCAGAAUGCCAGUGCCACGCGGCGGGGACGGUGAGCGGAAUUGGAGAGUGUGGGCAGCGCGACGGGGACUGUCACUGCAAGCCCCACGUCGGGGGCGACUCCUGCGAUACGUGCGAUGACGGAUAUUUCGCUCUGGAGAAGGGCAGCUACUUCGGGUGUCAAGGGUGUCGGUGUGACGUGGGUGGGGCCGUCACCCCCAUGUGCAGCGGGCCCGCUGGGGUGUGCGUGUGCCGGGAACACGUCGUGGGGAAGGCGUGCCAGCGGCCUGAAGACAACCACUACUUCCCGGACCUGCAUCACAUGAAGUACGAGCUCGAGGACGGCACCACCCCCAACGGGAGGGAACUGCGCUUCGGGUUUGACCCCCUGGAGUUCCCCGAGUUCAGCUGGAGAGGAUACGCCCAGAUGACCCCUCUGCAGAACGAAGUGAGGGUCCUGCUGAGCGUGGGGCCGUCGAGCCGCUCUCAGUUCCGUGUUGUCCUGAGAUGUGUGAACCCUGGAGCGGAGGCGGUAACCGGCCUUGUGACUCUUCAUCCGUCCGGGGAGAAGGCAGACGCUGCUCAGAGCAGAGAGGUCGUCUUCCUGCCCAACACGGAGCCAGCCUUCGUCUCCAUCCCUGGAAGCGGUCCGGCCGACGCGUUCUCACUGGCACCGGGGACGUGGGUGGCCUGCAUCAAGGCCGAGGGGGUCCUUCUGGACUACCUGGUGCUGCUCCCCAGGGACUACUACGCGGCCCCCUCGCUGCAGCUGCCCGUCACGGAGCCCUGUGCGCACGCGGGGCCUCCCCACGAGAACUGCCUGCUUUACCAACAGCUGCCACUGGCCGGCUUCCCCUGCGCCCUGGCCUGUGAGGCCACACGCUUCCUGCUGGACGGGCAGCCGAGACCCAUGGCCCUGAGGCAGCCCAGCCCCGCUCACCCCGUCAUGGCGGACCUCGGCGGCCAAGAGGUGGAACUGCACCUGCCCCUGCGGGUCCCGCGGGCCGGCCGCUACGUGGUCGUGGUCGAGUAUUCCACGGAGGCAGAGCAGCUGUCUGUGGCCGACGUGCGCGUGGGGAGCCCGGGGGCGGUCCUGGCCGGCCAGGUGACCAUCUACAGCUGCCAGCACAGCGUCCUGUGCCGGAGCGCCCUGACCGACGGCCGGAGCCGCCUGGCCACCUACGAGCUGCGAGCCGACGCCGACGUCCGGCUCAGAGCCCGCAGCGCCCGGCUCCUGCUGCAUCAGAUCUGCAUCAUUCCCGUCGAAGAGUUCUCAACGGAAUAUUUGAAGCCUCAAGUCAGAUGCAUGGCCAGCUACGGGCCAUUGGCUAACCAAAGGGCCACGUGCAUCUCCAUGUCUCCCGAAACUCCUCCGGCAGCAUGGGUUUUGGAUGCCCCACGUGGGGGGCUUCCCCCUCUCUCACCCCAGGACCCUUCUGCUGACGUGGUUACUGGAGUCACUGUGGAGGCCCCACAGAGCCACGUGACCCUGAGAGGACGCGUGCCACGCCCCGGCCGCUACGUCCUCGUCAUCCACUUCUACCAGCCAGCGCACCCCGCCUUCCCCGCGCAGGUGUCUGUGGACGGAGGGCCGCGGUGGCCAGGCGUCUUCCGUGCCUCCUUCUGCCCCCACGUGCUGGGCUGCCAGGACCAGGCCAUCGCCGGAGACCAGGCUGAGUUCGCCGUCUGGGAGCCGGAGGUGGCUGUGACUGUGAAGGUUCCGGAAGGAAAGUCUUUAGUGCUGGUCCGCGUCCUCCUGGUGCCCGCGGAGAACCACGUCUACCAGAUCCUCCACCCACAGUCGGUGGACAAGUCUCGCGAGUUCGUCACCAGCUGUGGAGGGAAUAGUUUCUACAUCGACCCCCAGACGGCCUCCGGGUUCUGUAAGGACUCUGCCCGGUCCCUGGCGGCCCUCUACCACAAGGGCGCGCUGCCCUGUGAGUGCCACCCGGCCGGUGCUGCUAGCCCUCACUGCAGCCCCGAGGGUGGGCAGUGCCCAUGCCGGCCCGGAGUCAUCGGUCGGCAGUGUACCCGCUGUCAGACGGGCUACUACGGAUUCCCACACUGCAAGCCGUGCAGCUGCGGCCGGCGCCCCUGCGAGGAGACGACGGGGCGUUGCCUCUGCCCUCCGCGCACAGCCGGGCCUCAGUGCCAGGCCUGCGACGCCCACUCCUUUGGCUUCCACCCCCGGGCAGGCUGCCAGCCCUGCAACUGCUCCAGCGCGGGCACGGUGGGCACCCCCGAGUGCGACCCCGACCACGGGCAGUGCAGGUGCAGGCCCGGAAUUUCCGGGCGGCGUUGCGACCAAUGUGCUCCUGGGUUUCACCGCUUCCCCACAUGCCUCCCCUGCCGCUGCAGCAGAGACGGGACGGAGCCCAGAGUCUGCGACCCGGAGACCGGGGCCUGCCUCUGCAAGGAGAAUGUGGACGGUGCCGAGUGCAACGUGUGUCGAGAAGGCUUCUUCUCCUUGGACCCGGCGAACCCCCAGGGCUGCACCAGCUGCUUUUGCUUUGGGAUCACCCGUCACUGCCACAGCACCCACCGACGGAGAGCGAAGUUUGUGGACAUGAUGGGCUGGCGCCUGGAGACGGCGGACGGGGCCCAGAUCCCCGUCUCCUUCAACCCCGGCAGCGGCAGUGCGGUCGCCGACCUCCAGGAGCUGCCCUCCACCGUGCACAGCGCCACCUGGGUUGCGCCUCCCUCCUACCUGGGGGACAAGGUCUCCUCCUACGGCGGCUUCCUCACCUACCAAGUCAAGUCCUUCGGGCUCCCGGCCGACAUGGCUCUUCUGGGGAAGCAGCCAGACGUGCAGCUCACUGGUCAGCGCAUGUCCGUCGUCCAUGAGGAGCAGAGUGACCCGCGGCCGGACCGGCUGCAUCAUGGGCGGGUGCAGCUGGUGGAGGGAAGCUUCCGGCACGCGGGGAGCGGCGCCCCGGUGACGCGGGCGGAGCUGAUGACGGUGCUGUCGGGGCUGGAAGCUGUGCGCCUUCGCGGCCUGUACUUCAGCGAGACGCAGCGGCUCAGCCUGAGCGGGGUGGGGCUGGAGGAGGCCUCGGACACAGGAAGCGGGCGCCGCGCACACACCGUGGAGAUGUGUGCCUGCCCCCCUGACUACACGGGUGACUCAUGCCAGGGCUGCAGCCCCGGAUACUAUCGGGACUACAAAGGCUUGCACACCGGGCGGUGUGUGCCCUGCAAUUGCAACGGACACUCGACUCGGUGCCAGGACGGCUCUGGGACGUGCAUCAACUGCCAGCACCACACGGCCGGCGAGCACUGCGAGCGCUGCCAGGACGGUUACUACGGCAACGCCAUCCAGGGGCCCUGCAGCGCCUGCCCGUGCCCUCACACCAACAGCUUCGCCACGGGCUGCGUCGUGACGGGGAGCAGCGUGCAGUGUUCCUGCAAACCCGGCUACACGGGAGCGCAGUGCGAAAGGUGUGCGCCAGGAUACUUCGGGAAUCCCCAGAAGUUGGGAGGUGGCUGCCAGCCUUGCAGUUGUGGUAACAACGGCCAUUUGGGCAGCUGUGACCCCCGGACCGGAGACUGCCUCAGCCAAGAGCCCAGCGACGGCGGCGCUGGCGAGGAAUGUGAUGACUGUGACAGCUGCGUGGUGACCCUCCUGAACGACCUGGCCGCCCUGGAGGACGAGCUCCGCCUCGUCAAGUCGCAGCUGCAGGGGCUGAGCGCCAGUGCCGGCACGCGGCAGCAGAUGGAGCUCCUGGAGACCCAGACCGAGGCCCUGCGGAACCAGCUGCUGAACUACCGCUCUGCCAUUUCAAACCAAGGCUCCAAGGUGGAUGGCUUGGAAAAGGAAUUCAGUCAUCUGAGUCGUGAAUUUGACACUUUGCAAGAAAAGGUUCAAACAAACUCCAGAAAAGCACAAACGUUAUAUAACAACCUUGAUCGGACAGUUCAAAGUGCGAAAGAGCUGGACACGAAGAUUAAAAAUGUCAUCCGAAAUGUGCACAUCCUGCUGAGGCAGGUCUCGGGGGCAGACCCAGGAGGACACACCCUGCCCCCCGGCGAGUUCCCCAGGAAGCUGGCCGAAGCUCAGCGCAUGCUGAAGGAGCUGAGGGGCCGCGACUUUGGAAGGAACCUGAGAGACGCAGAGGCUGAGAAAAGAGAGGCGCAGCUCCUGCUGCACCGGGUCCGGAGCUGGCUGGAUGCCCGCCCGGGGGAGCACAGUGGGCUUGCCCAGAGCAUCCGGGCCUCCUUAAACGACUACGAGGCCAGGCUCGCGGGCCUCCGGGCUGCACUGCAGGAGGCGGCCGCCCAGGCCAGGAAGGCCACGGGCCUCAACCAGGACAGCGAGCGGGCUUUGGAGUCCAUCCAGAGACAAGUGAGAGAGAUGAACGCCCUGCAGAGCGAGUUCACCAAGUCGCUGGCGGCGGCCGACUCUUCGUUACUGCAGACCAACGUCCUGCUGCAGCUGAUGGAGAAGAGCCAGGAGGACUAUAACAACCUGGCGGCCUCGGUGAGCGAAGUGCGGCGGGAGCUAAGGGACAAGGCGAGCGCGCUCUCCGCAUCGGCCGGCAACGCGGCGCUGGUGGCGCGGGCGGAGGCGCAUGCACAGGCCCUGCAGGAGCUGGCCAAGCGGCUGGAGGAGACCCAGCGGAACGCCAGCGCCGACGAGCUGGUGCGCUGCGCCGUGGAGGCAGCCACCGCCUACGAGAACAUCCUCAACGCCAUCAAGGCGGCCGAGGACGCAGCUGACAAGGCGGCCAGCGCCUCUGAGUCUGCCCUCCAGACCGUGAGGAAUGAAGACCUUCCGUCCAAAGCCAGGACCCUGAGCUCUGACAGCGACGCGCUGUUAACUGAAGCCCAGACGACACAGAGCAAGCUGCAGCGAGAAAUCAGUCCGGCUCUGAACAACCUCCAGCAAACUUUGAGAACGAUGACAGUUCAGAAAGGCACGAUGCACACCAAUGUCACCACCUUCCGCAAUGACCUGCGCGGGAUGGCGAGAGACGACAUCGACGGCCUGAUCAGCAGCGCCAGGAGCAUGGUCAGAAGUGCCAACGACAUCACAGACACGGUCCUGGGAGGGCUGCACCCCAUCCAGGAGGAUGUGGGGAGGAUUAAGGACGCCUACGGGAGCACCCGCGGCGAAGACUUCAGCCAGGCGCUCACCGACGCGGACAGCUCAGUAAAGAAACUAACCAACAAGCUGCCUGAUCUUCUGAGCAAGAUUGAAAGCAUCAACCAGCAGCUGUUGCCGCUGGGCAACAUCUCUGACAACGUGGACCACAUCCGGGAGCUAAUCCAGCAGGCCAGGGACGCAGCGAACAAGGUCGCCAUCCCCAUGAGGUUCAACGGGAAGUCGGGCGUGGAGGUCCGGCUGCCGAGCGACCUGGACGACCUGAAGGGGUACACGUCUCUCUCCUUGUUUCUCCAAAGACCCGAGCCCGGGGAGAAUGGAGGAUCGGAGAACAUGUUUGUGAUGUACCUCGGCAACAGAGACGCCUCCGGGGACUACAUCGGCAUGGCCGUGGUGGACGGCCAACUCAGGUGUGUCUACAACCUGGGGGACCGCGAGGCCGAGCUGCAGGUGGACCAGACCUUGACCAGGAGUGAAACUCAGGAGGCGGUUAUGGACCGGGUCAAGUUCCAGAGAAUUUACCAGUUUGCAAGGCUUAAUUACACCAGAAAAGCCACAUCCAAUAAACCAGAAACAGCUCAGUUCUAUGACAUAGAAGGUGGGAACAGCAACACACUCCUCAACCUGGACCCUGAAAACGUGGUGUUUUACGUGGGAGGCUACCCACCUGACUUCACACUCCCCCGAAGACUCAGGUUCCCUCCGUACAAAGGCUGUAUUGAGUUGGAUGACCUCAAUGAGAACGUCCUGAGCUUGUACAACUUCAAAGAAACGUUCAACCUCAAUACCACCGAAGUGGAGCCUUGUCGAAGGAGGAAGGAGGAGUCGGACAAGAAUUACUUUGAAGGCACAGGCUAUGCUCGAGUUCCAACUCAGCCACACGCUCCCAUCCCCACCUUUGGCCAGACGGUUCAGACCACUGUGGACAGAGGGUUGCUGUUCUUUGCACAAAACCAGAGUCGCUUCAUCUCCCUCAACAUCGAGGACGGCAGCCUCCUGGUGCGGUACAAGCUGGACGCAGAGCCGCCCAAAGAAAAGGGGAUCCGAGACGUCAUCAGCGACGGGAAAGACCACUCGAUUCAGAUCAAGAUUGGAAAAGCCCAGAGACUUAUGUUGAUAAGUGUGGGGAAUUCCCAAAGCAUUAGAAUUGAAGAAGAAAUAUUUGAUUUCAACACGUAUUAUCUGGGAGGCAUCCCACUUUCCAUCAGGGAAAGGUUUAACAUUUCGACGCCUGCUUUCCGCGGCUGCAUGAAGAACCUGAAGAAGACCAGCGGCGUGGUGAGGCUGAACGACACCGUGGGAGUGACCAAGAAGUGCUCGGAGGACUGGAAGCUCGUGCGCUCCGCCUCGUUCUCCAGGGGAGGACAGAUGACCUUCACCCACUUGGAUUUCCCACUGCCCAGCCAGGUCCAGGCCUCCUUUGGGUUUCAGACCUUCCAGCCCAGUGGCGUCCUGCUGCAGCAUCCAGCUGGGACCAGCAGCCUGCAGGUCGCCCUGGAAGAUGGGCACAUUGAAGUCAGCACCAGGGACAGCAGCCGCCCGAUUUUUAAGUCUCCGGGGAAGUACUCAGACGGCUCCCUGCACCACGUGUCUGUGAUGAGCGACAGCGCUGGACUCCGGCUGCUCGUCGAUGACCAGCUGCUGAAAAGUGACCAGAGGCUGCCCGGCUCCCCCGGCUCCCAGCGGUCCCUGCGUCUGGGCGGGAGCGACUUCGAGGGCUGCAUCAGCAACGUGUUCGUCCAGAGGUCGUCACAGAGCCCCCAAGUCCUGGACUUGACCACCAAGUCUUCCAAGAGAGAUGUGUCCCUGGGAGGCUGCAGUCUGAACAAACCACCGUUCCUGAUGUUGCUCAAAGGCUCUACCAGGUUGAGCAGAGCCCAGUCUUUUGACAUCAACCAGCCCCUGCAGGACUCGCCCGGGGCCUCCCCAGGGAGCGUGCCCGCGGGGCAGAGCACUCAGGCCUGCCCCCCAUCGCCCGGCACCCAGGCCUGGCCCGGAGCCCUCAGGUUUGGGGACAGUCCCACCAGCCACCUGCGAUUCAAGCUGCCCCCGGAGCUGCUGAAACCCAGGUCACAGUUCGCCGUGGACAUGCGGACGGCGGCCCCCGGAGGGCUGGUGUUCCACACGGGCGCCCCGGCCUCCUUCAUGGCCCUGUACCUCGCCAAGGGGCGGCUCGUCCUCGCUGUGGGGGCAGAAGGGAGAAGACUGAGGCUCAAGAGCAAAGAGAAGUACGACGACGGGCAGUGGCACACGGUGGCGUUCGGACAAGACGGGGAGAAGGGGCGCUUGGUCGUGGAUGGGCUGAGGGCCUGGGAGGGACGUUUGCCGGAAAAUUUCACCCUCAGCCCCAGAGCGUCCCUUUACCUGGGAUCUUCCCCGUCCAGGAAGCCGAAGAGCCUCCCCCAGAGCAGCUUUGUGGGGUGCCUGAGGAACUUCCAGAUGGAUUCGAAACCACUGGACUCGCCUUCUGCCCGCGUGGCGGUGUCGCCCUGCGUGGCGGGCCCUUUGGAGAAAGGCGUUUAUUUCUCCCGGGAAGGCGGUCGCGUCACGCUAGCGAACUCGGUGUCGUUGGGGCCGGAGUUCAAGCUCCUUUUCAGCAUCCGCCCGCGGAGCCUCACGGGGGUCCUGCUGCACGUGGGCCGCCAGCCCGGCAGGCACCUGCGCGUCUACCUGGAGGCCGGCAAGGUCGUGGCCUCUGUGCACAGUGAGGCGGGCGGGAUGGUGACAUCGGUCACACCCAGGCAGUCUCUGUGUGACGGGCAGUGGCACUCGGUGGCAGUCACCAUAAAGCAGCACGUCCUGCACCUGGCGCUGGACGCAGACAGCAGCUACACAGCCGGGCGGCAGCCCUUCCCGCCCGCCCGCACCCAGGAGCCACUGCACCUCGGCAGCAUCCCAGCCGAUUGGAAGGCCCCGGAGCCCCCCGUCUGGAACCCCUUUUCCGGCUGCCUGAAGAACAUUCAAGUCAACCACGUGCCCGUGCCCGUCGCCGACGCCGUGGAAGUCCAGGGCAUGGUCAGUCUGAAUGGCUGUCCCGACCACUAACUCAGACCAUCGCACAGAGGCACUGCCCCCUGAAAAGCACUGACCACCUCCACGCCCGCUCCCUGCUCAGGGUCGUUCCUGACGCAGGACGCCUGGCGAAUGGGCCCCAUAGCAAAUCCAGUGUGGAACUCGGACCUCACAUCCCACCGUUUGGCCUUCAUGCCACCCAUGUGUUUUACAUAAAAGCCCAUUUCUUGGAGGAGAUAAACAAAUUGCUAUAUGCUUUUGGUAAUACCAUUCCCUACAAAAAAACAAAAAGCCUUUUAAAGACCAUUCUUUUCCACUCCUUAAAAAAAUAAAUACCUUUUAAAGCACUUUAA